UAUUGUAUUUCAUUUGAAUUGUUAACUAUAUUAUUUUGACAUUGUUUACAAACAUUAAAGUAUAAACAUGACAAAAGUGAAAAACUCACCUAAAAUCUGUGGUGUUUGCGGUGAUAAAGCCCUAGGUAGAAAUUUUUGUGCCGUUUCUUGCGAGUCGUGUAAAGCAUUCUUCAGGAGAAAUGCCUCCGAGUAUGAGAGAAUGCGGUGUCAUUUCGGAGACAAUUGUCUGAUAGAUAUUGAGUCGAGAAGUAAUUGUCGCAAAUGUAGACUCAAAAUAUGUUUUGCUAUUGGGAUGAGAAAAGAAUGGAUACUGAAUGAUGAGGAAAAGGAGGUUAGAAAACGUAAAAUACAAGACAACAGACAAAAGAAAUGUAAUAAAAUAGUUGACAAAUUGGAUGACAACUCUUCAUUGUCGCAAUCAAUGGUGACCACAGAUAAUGAAGUGUCGGAUAAUUUGUUUGAGAUUUUAGAUAACGUUGACAUAAAUGAAGAGAAACUUAACUCUGAAAUAAAGGAAAUUGAAAAUAGUUUGCCAAACGAUUCCUAUAGUAAUGAAAUGUUUACUGAAUUACAAGUGAUUCCUAUCGUGAGACCCAUUAAUAACAAUGCAUUCAAUGAGACCGAAAGUAUGAGGUUCACGGAAUUGAUGAGUGUAAUCGACUUUAUAAGGUUUCCCACGCUUACAAUCACAUCACAAGUACAAGAUUUAUUUGAUGCCAUGAAAAUGGCUGUCAAUAAGUUUGAUGAGAUCUGUAGGAAAUCAGUGAAAGGAUUCAAAAGACUGAAUGCAUUCAAGACUUUGUGCAAAAAUGACCAAAUAUUGCUACUUAAGUCCAAUGGACUUCAAAUGACAGCUUUGCGCUCAAUGACUAUUUAUGAUUAUCAAUAUAAGCAAUGGGUUGUUCCUAUUGAUGACAACAAUUCAACUCUAAUGAAUUUAAAAGAAAUGGACUCCGAUGAAACGCUCAUAGAUUUGAUACCAACAAAAGAUGUGAAGCCGAAACAAGAUUUGAAAGGAUUAUGCAAACUAAACGUUAUGCUGAUGUUCUCAAUAGGAAAGUAA